AAAGCACCACACACACACACACACACACUCAUCUGACGAAACAUGAGUGUGAAUCUGAGCAGCAGAAGCGCUGUCAGCCGAGAUCAGGCGGCUGUGAUGAUGAAAGUGGAUUUCCAGUGUGUGAAGAACAACACCGAUCAUCACACUAAUGAAAUCACACUGGAGCGACUGAUCAUCCGCAGAGGAAAAGCCUUCAGUCUGACGGUCAGCGCUGAGAGACUCCUUCCAGAGGACAUCCAGAUCACUGUGGAGACAGGUCCAGGUGCGUGUGAAGAGAAGGGCACGCGCUCCUCCUUCAGCUCCUCCUGUCCUGGUCCUGGUUCUGGUUCUGGAUCCUGGAGUGUGUCGGUGUCGAGCAGCUCCUCCUCCAGCGCCGGCCUGUCCGUCACGUGUCCCUCGAACGCUUGCGUGGGCCAGUACUCGCUGACACUGAGGAGCGGCUCCAGCGCCGUGACCUUCGAGAGAGCCGUGACGGUGCUGUUCAACCCCUGGUGUAAAGAUGACUGGGUGUUUCUGCCCGACGAAGCGGAGAGGCAGGAAUACGUCAUGAACGAGCAGGGAAUCGUGUAUAAGGGAGUGGAUGAAUACAUCACCAGCAUGAGCUGGGACUUCGGUCAGUUUGAGGAUGAUAUCGUGGAUAUCUGUCUGAAGCUGCUGGAUUUGAACCCAAAGUGUGUGAAAGACGCACAGGAGGAUCAUUCAGCGCGCUGUAACCCCAUCUACAUCAGUCGAGUCGUCAGCACCAUGAUAAACUCGGACGAUGAUAAGGGAGUUCUGAUGGGUCAGUGGGACGGGUCGUUCAUCGGAGGAGUCGUUCCCUCCAACUGGAGCAGCAGCGUGGAGAUACUGAGACGCUGGAUCAAAUAUGACUGUCAUCCGGUCAAAUUUGGACAGUGUUGGGUGUUUGCAGCGGUCAUGUGCACAGUGUUGAGGUGUUUGGGGAUCCCGUGUCGAGUCGUCACCAACUAUCAGUCGGCUCACGACACGGAUCAGAACCUCCUCAUCGACGAGUACUUCAGCGACUAUGGUGUGAGACCCAAACGCAACCUGGACAGUGUUUGGAACUAUCAUGUGUGGGUGGAGGGUUGGAUGCGGCGCCCGGAUCUCUCCGAGGACUCGCUCUACGACGGCUGGCAGGUUCUGGACCCGACGCCACAGGAGAAGAGCGCAGGUAUUUACUGCUGUGGUCCAGCGCCGGUGAAGGCCAUCCUGCAGGGUCACACCGACGUCCAGUACGACGUGCCGUUCGUGUUCGGUGAGGUGAACGCUGAUAAAGUCACAUGGCUGGUCUUGGCCAACGGAUCCAAGAAGAAGAUUCUCUCAGACACGAGAACCGUCGGACAGAAUAUCAGCACUAAAGCCGUGGGCAGCAACACCAGACGAGACAUCACAGAUCAGUACAAGCACCCGGAGGGUUCUGUGAAGGAGAGAACCGUGUUUGACGAGGCCGUGAAGCGAGUGACUGGCCUGAAGCCGAGCGAAACCCCUCGUCCAACCCUGCAGAUGAACAUCAGUCUGGACUCGCCACCGCUGAACGGCACCGACAUCAAACUCAAGCUCGUUCUGAGGACUGACAACACACAAGCACAAGAUCUGCUGCUGAAGAUGAGCGCUCAGGUCAUGAGAUACACCGGAACCCCAGCGGCCAACGUGUGGAGCGACUCCACUGACAUCCGACUGCAGCCCAACACAGAUCAAACUCUUCCCUUCGUGGUCCCGUUCGCUGCAUACGGACCAAAGAUGAUGGACAACAACUGCAUCAAAGUCUCUGCCAUCGCAACGGAGAAAACCGAGGCAAAGGAAGCGUAUCUGGCGGAGAAAGACAUCGUUCCACACAGUCCUGCCCUCGACCUCACGGUGAUUGGGACUCCUCUCCAGGGCUCAGAGAUGAGUGCUGAGGUGGUGUUUGAGAAUCCUCUCCCUGCGCCGCUGAAGAACUGCUCCGUCACACUCACCGGCAGCGGUUUGCUGAAAAACACCGAGAAGUCCAGCGCCGUUGAGCUCGGCCCGGGACAGAGGAUCAGGCUGAAGGUGAAGUUCAGUCCCUACAGACUCGGACCCAAGAAACUGGUGGCAAACUUCGACAGCUCAACAUUCAGAAACAUUAAAGCCAGUGUGGACGUGAACGUGAGACCAGCAACACAAGCGCUCGGGUUCCUCAGCCUCGGCAAAUGACACGCAGAACCAUCAGAACCAGCAGAACCAUCAGCAUGAUCACAUGAUCACACGAGUUCUGCUUUUACCAGCCAUGAACACUGCAGAGAUGUGAAGAGCUCAUUUGUGCUGAUAUAAUACAGAAAAUAAUGAAGUGUCACCAUUAAAACAGUGAGAAUGCAUUAUAGUGGACGACUUUAAUAUGAAUGAAAAUAAAGUUGCAAUACAAAUGUUUUAAAUGU